AUGAAAGCACUACUGCGGGACCAGUCGGCACUGAAACCUGAGUUAUUUGAAUACGUCCACUGGUAUCUGGCGGAAUAUCUUUGGGAUUGCCUGAAAAGGUGCAACAAGCAGACAAUGCACAUGUGGAAGAUAAUGGCCAGCGUUUAUCCUGUACAAUUCUACAAGGUUAGCCCUUACUACUGCCUCAAUGCUGGCUGUCCCAAAAAGCCACCGAGAGACUACAUGGGUAUUCUCAAUAGCGAAGAUUUUCGCUGGCGUGCAAUCUUGACGAUUGCAACCACAUACUGCACUGCCACAGACCUGACUACUAUACCAAACAUCAAGAAUCUGGUUGCCCUGGACGUCCACAGUGAGCCAUACACGUCGAAUAACGCCCGCUGGACCCCGUGGGCGUUAGCAACGACGGUCUCCUCUUGCAAGAUGGAUUUAUUCUACCACCAGCACGAAAUGACCGUUGCAUCACUGGGAGCUCUGUGUGAACUACCCGAGCUUCAGCUUGUCGUUGCAUACGAAUGUAAGAAGAUCACAGGCGCGAUUCAGAAAUAUGAUAAGCCCGCGAAUGGCAUCCUUCCCAUAAAAGGAUGGUCUGCCUGCAGGCUCGAUUGGUUUUGGGAAAACCACGGAACGUCAAAAACAAUUGAUGGUAAUCUCUUGGCUUUGCAUCAUGUGUAUCAGUCUAGUCUCCAGACAUCCGGAGAGGAUUCCAGAAGACCAUCAUCCCUACCAAGGAAUCUCCCGAUUUUGGAGUUCAAACUACCAACUGUCGACCACAGCAGAAGAGACAGGGUUGUUGUCCGCUCUCGCUAUAAUGCAAAAUCAAUUGUGUUGUUUACUCGAGAUCCCGUGAAGCAAAAGCUUGAUAUCAAGAAGCAGCAACGUGCAAGGGAGAAGAAGAGGACCGAGCCACCUGAAAAGGGGGAUCGUCCUGCCAAAAGAGCAGUCAUGAAAGACAGGGGUACAAUGGGCAUCUCCGAGACUUUGAAUCAGUUCUUUUGA